UCUACGUCUCACAGAAACGGAGGCGGAGGGCGCUCGCGGCCCGAAGGAUCACUUCCGGAGCGUGAGGCAGUACUUCCGGGAAUCUGGGACCGAGGACUGCAGCCACUUUGCGCGGUGGGCUCUGCUACUGGUACCAUGCUGCUAAGAGCCGCUUGGAGGCGGGCGGCUUUGUCGGUGACGGUUUCUUCGGGGCCGAGGCCCGCGGUGCCCAAUCGGGGACUGCGCCUGCGUGUUAUAGAUAAUGCUCCCCAGUCGGCUGUCCCCUCAGAUGCAGCCGCUGCCCCUGAGUCAGAGUCAGGGCUGAGACCUCUCUAUAUGGAUGUGCAAGCUACAGCUCCUCUGGAUCCCCGGGUACUUGAUGCCAUGCUUCCUUACCUAAUCAACUACUAUGGGAACCCACACUCACGGACACAUGCUUAUGGCUGGGAGAGUGAGGCUGCUGUGGAACAUGCUCGCCAGCAAGUAGCAUCUCUGAUUGGAGCUGAUCCUCGUGAGAUAAUUUUCACCAGUGGUGCUACUGAAUCCAACAACAUAGCAAUUAAGGGAGUAGCCAGAUUCUAUAAGUCACGGAAAAAGCACGUGGUCACCACCCAGACAGAACACAAAUGUGUCUUAGAUUCUUGCCGUUCUCUGGAAGCAGAGGGCUUUCGUGUUACCUACCUCCCAGUGCAGAAGAGUGGGAUCAUCGAUCUAAAGGAACUAGAGGCUGCCAUCCAGCCAGAUACCAGCCUGGUUUCAGUUAUGACUGUGAACAAUGAGAUUGGAGUGAAACAACCUAUUGCAGAAAUAGGGCAGAUUUGCAGUGCCAGAAAGGUCUAUUUCCAUACUGAUGCAGCCCAGGCUGUUGGAAAAAUCCCGCUUGAUGUCAAUGACAUGAAAAUUGAUCUCAUGAGCAUCAGUGGCCACAAAAUCUAUGGUCCUAAAGGGGUUGGUGCCAUCUAUAUCCGCCGCCGGCCCCGAGUGCGUGUGGAGCCCCUACAGAGUGGAGGGGGACAGGAGCGGGGUAUGCGGUCUGGGACAGUGCCCACACCCUUGGUGGUGGGGCUGGGGGCUGCGUGUGAGGUGGCACAGCAAGAGAUGGAGUACGACCACAAGCGGAUCUCACAGUUAGCAGAGCGGCUAACGCAGAAGAUAAUGCAGAGCCUUCCGGAUGUGGUGAUGAAUGGGGACCCUGAACACCACUACCCAGGGUGUAUCAACCUCUCCUUCGCAUAUGUGGAAGGGGAGAGUCUGCUGAUGGCACUCAAGGAUGUCGCUUUGUCCUCAGGGAGUGCUUGUACCUCUGCAUCUCUGGAGCCCUCUUAUGUCCUUAGAGCAAUUGGCACUGAUGAGGAUUUAGCACACUCUUCUAUCAGGUUUGGCAUUGGCCGCUUCACGACUGAGGAAGAAGUAGACUACACUGUGGAGAAAUGCGUUCAGCAUGUGAAGCGUCUUCGAGAAAUGAGUCCUCUCUGGGAGAUGGUGCAGGAUGGCAUUGACCUCAAGAGCAUCAAGUGGACUCAACACUAGAAGAAAAUGCCCGUGACUGUGCUGGCCUGGCUCUUCCUGUCUCACUGACCCACGCACAUCGGAUAUUUUUUAUAUCCGGGGUGUGCUCUGUGGUCAAACUGGAAUUGUUGUAUCCCAGUUAAAUUUAGCACAGCCCAUUUCCAAGUCCAAAACACGAGGAAAAUAUCUUUCCCCAGCCUUAGUGACUCUGCUGGAGUGUGUUCCCCAUUUCUCUUCUCGAGUUCUUCUCUGGUCUUAUAGUGUGUGGACAUUUCCAUCUUGAAGCAAUAGAGACAUUUGCUAUAAUAUUGCUGCUGGACAUAUCUGUGACUUUUGUGCAGAUGGAAAAACUAGAGGACGGCUCUUUGUUCAGGGACUCUGAUGUUCUGUGUGGACAUUUGAAUCGCUUUUUGCUGCUCAGCUGGACUGACUCCUUCAGCAAUAAGAAUAAAUAAUCAACUUCUUUGAUUUCA